UUUUGAAGUUUGUUUACAUACAGUAUUUAGCUGAAACAUCACAAGUAUAUUAACAAUUUUUCAGCUAAAAUUAUUAUAAAAUGAAUGUUUCGGACGAAGAUCUUAAAUUCCAACUAGAAGAAUUUUCUUUAUCUGCUGACAACAAAAUUAUUGAAAAAAUGAGAGAUUUGUGCUAUAUCCAUCAGCUUUCAGCAGAAGACAUGGUUACCCAGUGGGUUGCCUAUUCAUGCCAGAAGAAAUUUGACAUACAGCCAACUCUUCCACUUCUUGAUCAAAUGGAAAAAGAUGAGUUGAAGAAAACAGCAUCCAAGUCUUUAAAACAACGAAAAUCAUAUGCUCCAACCACACCAGUUUAUGAUGCUACAACGAUUGAUCUUGUAUCAAAUGAUACAUUUGAAGAGCCAGGAAGCAAAGCUCAGUCAUUCGUAAGCAGAACUUCUAAUUUAUUUUCUCCAACAUCUAUGUCCCCAGCAAGCUUCACUCCGUCCAGAAAAUAUAACUCAAGAACAGGUUCUGGUGAGGCUGUAGCUACUUUUGGUGAUGUACAGGGUGUUGAGUGGAAACACUCUGACGAAUAUUCAUGCUCUGUAAAAGCUUACAGCAACAAAACUGUUUUGAAAGAGUCUUACAAUUUCAUGUGUGAAAAGCUGAGAGAUUGUGGCUCAAUUUUAAACGACAUGAUACAAGAGGCUGCAGAAAACUUUCAAAAGAAAUGUGAAAUUGAAGAGUGGGGCCAUAUCCAAGUACCAUCUGUUGAAACUGUUCCAGUUGUUGGUCGCAUAUGUUCUGAUAAUGCUGCAAAGCUGAAUGCGUCUUCUUUGUUACUUGAAGGAUCUCAAGAAAUGAGUUCAGGUCAUGCUGUGCCCCUUGAUGUAUCUCAACUUCAAAGUUUUUCUUUUUUCCCUGGCCAAAUAAUUGCUGGAAAAGGAAUAAAUAACCUUGGGAAAAAAUUUGUCAUGCAUAAUGUUUUUGAGGGUAUUUAUCCUCCUCCAUGUGAGAAAGUUCCUGAUUUGGCCAAUUGCUUCGAUUCUCUAAGCAUUGUUGUUGCUUGUGGACCAUAUACAACUUGUGAUUCUCUAUCUUAUGAACCUUUUCAAGAUUUAAUGAAAUAUAUAAAAAUCCAUCAACCUCAUGUUGCACUUCUAAUAGGACCUUUUGUGGACGAAAAAAAUGAAGUAAUAGAGAAUGGCACUUUGACUGAAACACAUGAAGAGCUUUUUGAAAAAUUAAUAGCUGAAAUUAUCACUCAGAUUGAGCCUAUCAGUACAAAGGUGAUUUUGAUCCCAUCCACUAGAGAUGUUCAUCAUGAUUUCAUCUAUCCAACUCCACCAUAUAAAGUGAAGAAUUCAUCAAAGAGAUUAUACUUGGCUUCAGAUCCAUGUAUUCUGGACAUUGAAGGGGUUAUAGUGGCUGUAACUUCUACUGAUAUCUUGUUCCAUCUUGGAAAAGAAGAAAUUUCAUAUCAACAGAUGCCUGACAGAUUAGGAAGAUUGUGCAGUCACAUAUUAACUCAAAGAAACUUUUACCCAUUGUAUCCUCCAAAUGAUGAAGUGAAUAUCAACUAUCUUCGGUAUGAGUUAAAUGCUGGUAUUCCCAUUCUGCCUCAUAUUUUGAUUUUGCCAUCAGAUUUCAGAUACUUCAUCAAGGACAUCAAUGGAUGCUGCUGCAUUAAUCCAGAAAGACUUACCAAGAGAACCACAGGUGGUACCUUUGCUAGAAUAAAAAUAAAACCAAUUGAUGGGAAAACAUAUACUGGAUCCAUCAUCAACUCUUUGCAGAGUGAAAUUCUUAAAAUCUGAGAUCUGUUUAAAAAUUUUGCUAAUUCCAUUUGUAUCAUUAUGUAUAUAUGUAUUUUG